UGAAAUGCGGUAGAGCGGAAGUAGAGCCCCUCGCAAAUAGCGACUUUUUAUUAUCCGCGCAGCAGAGAGCCGGACGGACGGGCUCGACCCAGCAAAAGAGCGGAGAACUCGGCAGAAUUGUCUAAACUUUCCGAGCGGGGCACUCGCGAUUGCGAUCAUUUCGAGCGGACGCCGACGCUGACCCAACGGGGAGAACGGCACGGGACGAGACGAGCGCUCAGGUUUUGCGGCAAGGAGCCGAAGAAGCUCCCGGGCGGCCGCGGCUCACGGUGUCCGGUGAUGGCGGCAUAAAAAGGUAAGGAAACGGCUCUGGAGAUGGUCGUCACGGCGACGCUGGACGCCGACACGGCGGUGGAAACGCUUCUGGCCGCCAUCCAUUUGGAAAGGUACCACACCUUUUUCCAGAAAGCCGGCCUUUUGUCGGCCGCCGACGCGGUCCACCUGGAUCACGACGCGUUGGUCAGCCUGGGAAUCACGGCCACUGGACAUCGCAAACGGAUCCUAGGACUUCUGUCACGGGUCCAGAAACGGGAAGCUCCGGCGGCCGAGCGACGGAGUUUCGCGAGUGACUCGCGGGCGCCGAACGGCGGGGGGCUCGCGGCGCCGUCCGAGGAUGGCCCGGGUCCCGACGUGGCCUCUGCGCAGAAGCCGGUGCCCAAACCCAGAACCGUGUUCAACCGGCGUCGCACCGCGCCCGUUGAGUUUCACCCCCUUGCCGCGUCCCCGGAACGGAGGCUCUCCCGGGAGUCGGGUCGCUUCCCAAUGUUAGACGGCGUGAACUCGCCUCCGUCCUCGCCUACGUGGAAUUCCCACCAGGUGGAGAAGGAGGCACCUUCGGACGGGUCGGGCCUCUCUUUGCCGCCCGUUCCGCCGAGGCUGGCCCGUACGAUUCCGAUACCAGAGGGGCCUUGGCCUUCCUCUCCCACGAGAGCCUGCUCGAAGCGGUUGUUUUGCGCUCCGCUUUCUGCCGCGCUUCCUGCUUCCCAUUCACCUUCAUCUCCGAAGUCCGAAUACGAGUCCGCCGGGAUGGAGAUGAUUGGCAACGACAUCUACUGGGGCGCCGCGGCGUCGCCCGGACAAAUGGCCGACGGGGACCGAAGAAACAGCGGCGAGACUUUAAGCCGCAAUUCGUCAGGAUCGGCCAGAGAUGAGCCCGUCCUCCUGGACGAUGCUGUCGGUCCCUACUGCGAAAGCCUUUUCCAAAGAAGCGGAGUCGACGGCCAGGGGCCGCGCGCCGAGGACGGCGGCUCCAUCGCAGAACCGCCCCCGGAUGGUGACGAAGACCAGAAAAUUUCGCCGUACGCCAGCUACGCCUCUGUCAGCGAUAGGGCCGCGCCCGUCAUCAGCGGUUGGCUGGACAAACUCUCGCCGCAGGGGAACUAUGUUUUCCAGAAGCGCUUUGUCAAGUUUGAUGGAAAAAACCUCACGUACUACGGAAACGAAAAGGACGUGUACCCGAAAGGAGUCGUCCCGUUGGCUGCCAUCCAAAUGGCCCGUCCCUCCAAAGACAACAAAUUUGAAAUUGUGACAAGUCAGCGCAUCUUUGUUUUUAAGGCCGAUAACGAGGCGCUGAGGCGGCAUUGGGUGUCAACGCUGCAGGACCACGUUCGAGACCAGCUAGUGUUCGGGAGAGGCUGGUUGGGCCCUGGCCCUCACUGUCAGAAGCAUGGCUUCCUGGAGCUGAAAGGAACCAAGUCCAAAGUUUACGUGGCCAUCAACACGGAGCAGAUUUGGCUAUACAAAAGCCAACAGUGCUUUCGAGCCGGGAUCGGCAUCACGACGAUCGAGGCCCGCGGCGCCACCAUUCGAGAUGGGAAAAACAGGAGUUUUGACCUCAUCACGCCCUACAGAACCUUCAGCUUGACGGCCGACUCGGAUCGGGAGAAGCGCGACUGGACAGAGGCCCUUCAGGAAGCAAUUGCCGAGACCCUCUCCGACUACGAGGUCGCGGAAAAGAUCUGGUCCAACCGCUCCAACCGGACGUGCGCCGACUGCCGGGCCGUCAACCCCGACUGGGCCUCCAUCAACUUGUGUGUGGUCAUCUGCAAGAACUGCGCCGGCCAGCACAGAGGUCUGGGCACCAUGGUUUCCAAAGUUCAGAGUCUGAAACUGGACACCAGCGUGUGGAGCAACCAGAUCGUGCAGCUCUUUAUCAUGUUGGGGAACGACCGCGCUAACGAGUUCUGGGCAGCCCACCUGCCCCAGUCGGAAGGGCUGGACUGCGACGCCACACCAAGUCAGAGGCGAGACUUCAUCGGACAGAAGUACCGAGACGGCCGCUUCCGACUGGACCAUCCCGCUUUCGCAACCCAGGAGCAGCUACUCAAGGUCUUAUGUUCAGCGGUCUCUGAACACACGCUGCUCAAAACUGUCACGCACAUCUUCUCUGAGGCCAUACAAUAUCACCUGACCGCCAACGCUCACGGACGACAACCAACCCGAGGCCUGCUAGAUCCCUACCCCUCCUCGGAUCCCGCCGUCUACGAUGAGAUCAUGAAGACUGUUCUUUAUUCGGGCUUCCUCUUCAGGUCCAAUUGCACCGGCAGAGGGACGCUUUCCCGCAGAUCCCGAGAAGACUUCCAGAAGUUCUGGUGCACUGUGGUGGAUCAAUCGCUACUCUUCUACCAUUCGGAGCGAUCGGCAGAAACGUGCAUGGAGAUUAGCCUCAAGGACGUAGCCUGUUUGGGAGUCGGUCGACCCGACUCCUCCGACGGUUUUGUAGACAGGUUCCGCUACACCUUUGAGCUGUAUUUGACCUCGGACAAAGUCUAUCAGUUUGGCGUAGAGACGGCCGAGGCUCUCCAAACCUGGACCAGUUGCAUCGGGAAGGUCGCAACGCCGCUCAGCUGUCAUUGCCUGCUCACUCGGGAGUUUGAGCGCAUCGGGCGCCUGCGGUACCGGGCCAUGCUGGACCCUCAGCAGUGGAAGGAGGCGCACUUUGUUCUGCAGAAGUCCAACCUCUUCAUCUGCCCCCAGAACGACGGUGCCGCCGAAGACAUCAUCAACCUGAAGCGCCUCCAAGAGCUGAGCGUCACUUCGGAAAACCUCCUCCACGAGAAGGGAGAUGUCCUGGUUUUGGUGGAGAAGGGGAGGACGUUCCACCUGCGGGGCAUCGGCCGGGCCGACUUCAGAUCGUGGUACUCCGACAUUCAACGGGCCGGCGGCGGAAAGGGGAACGCGCUGCGAGAGCAACAGCUGAGCAGGAACGACAUCCCCAUAAUCGUGGACAGCUGCAUCGCCUUCGUCACGCAGUACGGUCUGGGCCACGAGGGGAUUUAUCGCAAGAACGGAGCCAAGUCCCGAAUCAAACUACUCAUGGAGGAGUUCCGAAAAGAUGCCCGGAACGUCAAGCUGCGCAUCGGAGACCACUUCAUCGAGGACGUGACGGACGUCCUCAAGCGCUUCUUCAGGGAAAUCGACGACCCCGUCUUUGUGGCCGAUCUCCACCCGCUUUGGCAGGAGGCCGCUAAAAUCCAGCUGAAAGGUACUAGGUUAGACCGCUACAAGGAGAUCAUACGGACCCUUCCGCGGGUCAACAGGAUGACUUUGGCGUCGCUGGUCAGCCACCUCUACAGGGUCCAGAAAUGCGCCAACCUCAACCAGAUGUGCACCAAGAACCUGUCGCUGCUCUUCGCUCCCAGCCUCUUCCAGACGGAUGGCAAAGGAGAACACGAAGUGAAAAUUGUGGAAGAUCUCAUCGACAACUACCUGUACAUCUUUGACAUCGACGAGGAGCACCAGAAUCAGAUGGAGUUGGAGAUCAGCCUCAUCACCUCCUGGAAGGACACUCAAUUGUCUCAGGCAGGAGAUCUGAUCAUCGAGGUCUACCUGGAGACCAAGACGUCAGACAGUUGCGUUACACUUAAAGUGUCGCCCAACAUGUGUGCCGAAGAGCUGACCAAUCAGGUUCUCUAUAUGAGAAACGUCCCCGCCGGAGACAGGGAUGUCUGGAUGACGUUUGAAGUUAUCGAGGACGGCCAGCUGGAGCGUCCGUUGCACCCCAAAGAGAAAGUUUUAGAACAAGCGCUGCAGUGGUGCAAGAUGGCCGACCCUAGCUCCGCCUACCUGCUGGUGAAGAGGGUCCCUAAAGGAAACGGCAUCGACAUCCUAACUUCCUACAAGAGUGACCUAACGAAAGUCGGGGUGCUGAGGUGUCGUGAGGAGCCCCCGAAACUGCUUCAGGGAAACAAGUUCCAGGAGAGAAGCUUCCAGGUCAAGAAGAACAAACUACUGCUGCUUAAAGACAAGAAGAGCCUUAAAGCAGAGAAGGAGUGGUCUCUGAAGAACAUGAAGGUCUACAUGGGGGUGCGCAGGAAACUCAAAGCUCCGACUAGGUGGGGCUUCACCUUGACGUCGCCCAAACAUCAGCUGUUCCUGUGCUGCCCGAGCGAAGCCGACUUGUGGGACUGGGUGAGCGGUCUCCUCAGAGCUCAGAACAAGGAGCCGGGCCCCCCCGUCCUUAGACGUCACUCGUCGUCCGACAUCGCCAAGCAAAAGUUCGGCACCAUGCCGCUGGUUCCCAUCCGAGGGGACGAGAGCAACCGCGGCAUGUUGUCGGCCAAUCGUACGCUGAGGAAGCUUCACGACCGCAGGACGCUGUCGAUGUUCUUUCCGAUGAAGGUGCAGCAGGACGGCGCGGAGGAGUGCCGCCGGUCUCCGGAACCGCUCUACGAGGAGGUGGGCGACUUUGGUCUGCAGGUGCUCAAAUCCCUGGAGAGCAGCUUCCUGUGCGGCGCUGGAGACGCGCGGGAGCUCCCGGACCUUCCGCCGGCGCUUUCCAUCGCGUGCGCUGACCCGGAACCGGACUCGCCGCCGUCUCGUCCGCAGACCGUCUGCACGCCGGCGCAGGAGCUGCUCCUAAGGGAAAUGUCGUCCGCGUUCGGCGGGAAGGCCGACCUCGAGGAAGAACGCCUCUGAUGGAGGCUGCGCAAAUAUUUAACCGUCAUUCGCUUUACGCUCCUUAUUGUUUGUGGGAGCACUUUGGUGGAGAGUGCGAGCGUGGCCCCGAUGUAAUAAAGAGAGUUCUCCUUUCACCGCGUUGAAUGUUUGGGCUAGUCGGCCCUCUUGCUAUGAAAUGAUUUCACGAUCACAAUUCAAAUUGCAUCAUCGUGGCUAUUUAAAAAAAAAAUUGGAUCUCUACACAGUAAAAACACCUCCUUAAAACUAGCCCAGUUUCCUUGUUUUCAGUGUAAAUCUAGAAAUAUGUCAAUUUUACUCCCAAUUUCUUGAAAGAAGCUUAUUUUCAGCUAGCUAUAGACUUUUUUUAUGAUUAAAUAUAACAAUGUAUUUAUUGCCUAACAUGAACUUGUUUGUCAGAAAUGCAAUUAAUUCAAGAAUAGAUAUUGUUCAAAAUAUUAUUUGAAAGCAAUUUUUUCUUGAUUUAGGUGAAAAAUUUACUUUUAGAUGUAUGGGCUUAAUAGGAACAAAUAGCAGUGGCGUCGUUAGGCGUUUUUUAGGAGGCCUUCAGCCGCCUAAAAUAUUCUCAAGCACCCCCGAAAUAAUUUGUUUUAUUAAAAAAAAAAAAAAAAAGACGUAUUCACUAUGAAGUUGCCAGAAUAUUAGUGGAAAUCAAUCAUGUAACCUAUCAUUGUUAACUUAAAUAUGAUCAUAAAUGUCAGUUUUCCCUUACUUCAUAGAAGAAAGCCCCAUCAGUUUGUCAUCCAAUCCAUUCCACUUGUUCAUAUAGAGAACGUCCACAUCCCGGGAAAAUCCACUCCGUGUUUUCCCUGUGUCCUUGCCCGCAAUCGGUACAGGGCGGUGUUUGAGUAUGAUGGAGUUUCUAACGGCGUUACUUUUUUUUUUCCCUAGAAGUGAGUAAUAAAUUACUUUUUGAGUGUUAGCAUCAGCAUUUAGCGUGGCGAGCGUCAUCUUAAAUUCUCAGGCAACUUUGUUUUUUUUUUUACGUAGUUUGUGGGGUCCAGGUGAUUAAAGUUAAUUGAAAAUAAUGUGCUGUUUUCUUGCUGAGUGUGCAUCAUCAUCACCAACUUAGCAUUGCCUUGUAGAUGCUACAAUAUAAUAAUAAUACAUAUACAGUAUAUAUGGCGGAAAACACAGGUGACUUAAAGUUACGUUCUGAGACCCACAAUUUGGCCAAAAUUGUCCGAUAUGCAUGUGUGAUACAUCAUUGGAAAGCUUAAAAUCUCAAUUUUCUGGGGGAAGAACAUUUUUGAACGGGAGGGCAUUAAAAAAUGAAUAAUAUUAAACAGCGUAAUCCUAUCUGGAGGUGAGACAAUGAAAGAGCAGAAUUAAAGACGCCAUGACUUUAACGAGAUAUUAUCACGUACUUACCUUGUUUCGAUCCAAAAACUCCAUGUAGCAUGUAUCACCGAAUGUCAAGACACAGCUAUGAAUGGCCACAGCUAGAUUUUUGAGGGAUUUUAUGGAUGAAACAUGGUCAUAUAACAAGGGUCGCGAUGCAGAAAUCGUAGACAUCAAGGAGUGGUCGAGAUUUUCUUUUUCAUAUAUUUACCCUUUUAAACGUUUUUUUUUCCUUUGGAUCGAUUAUUUAUCAUCUAACAUAUCAGAGAAAAUGCGACAGUAACACACAAAAAAAUACAUUUAAGCGAUAGUUAUGAGGUAGCUAUCCGUGACUUUUUUACAGACACCAUUUUUUUCCAUUGUACGUCAUUUGUUUAAAUUAAACAAAUGACGUUUAAAUUUUUUUAUUUUUAUUUUUUUUUAAACGAAAUGUUAGACAUCAAUUAAUGAUUCUUAGCUAAAAAUGACAGACAUUUGGAAUAAUAAAUAAAUAAUUACCUCCGUUUUACGGCUGGUUUGAAACAAAGCGAUUGCGCGACAUCUGUAAACGAGGGUUUCCAGGGUAAAACGGACAGAAAUAGUUCGGGGGCUUAAUGUGCCAUGAA